CCAAUAAACUUAGCAGAGAAGAUUAUCGCAGACAAAAAGAUCUUGAAGCAGCGCGAAAAGCUGGUACCGCUCCUGCAGAACAGGAUGAAGAAGGAAAAGAUAUCAAUCCCCACAUACCGCAGUAUAUUGCUAAAGCACCAUGGUAUAUUGAUACCGGAAGACCUACCUUAAAACAUCAAAGAGUCCAAAAUAAAGAAACCGAGGAGAAACCUGCGGAAAAAUGGUAUUCGCGUGGUCUUCGAGCUGGACCUGCAGCUACAAAAUAUCGUAAGGGUGCUUGUGAAAAUUGUGGUGCCAUGACUCAUAAAACAAAAGAUUGCAUGGAUCGGCCAAGAAAAACAAAAGCGAGAUGGUCAGGUCAAGAUAUAAAGCCCGAUGAAAUAAUUGAAGAAUUAGAAUUAGACUAUGAUGCUAAGCGGGAUCGGUGGAAUGGCUAUGACCCAGCAGAACAUGCAAAAAUAUAUGAAGAAUAUGAAAAAAUUGAAGAAGCUCGUCGCAAACUGAAAUCGAGUGAACUCGAUAAACAAAGCACUACUGAGUUAGUCAAGAAGACUGGUGAACGUGUUAAUGUAAAUACUAAAACGAGAACUACUAUAAGAAAUUUAAGAAUUCGAGAAGAUACAGCAAAAUAUCUACGGAAUUUAGAUUUGAAUUCAGCUUAUUAUGAUCCAAAGACGCGUUCUAUGCGCGACAAUCCUAACAUAGGAAAAGAUGAAGAAGAUGCUGUUUAUGCCGGUGAUAAUUUCGUGCGAUACACUGGAGAUGCUCCAAAAAUGGCAAACUUGCAAUUGUUUGCUUGGCAAGCUUAUGAAAAGGGAAAUGAUGUUCACUUACAAGCAAAUCCGACCCAAGGCGAAUUAUUACAUAGAGAGUAUCUUCAGAAAAAAGAGAAACUUAAGGAUACGAGUAAAGACUCGAUUCUAGCAACGUAUGGCGGUGAAGAACAUUUGAAUGCACCACCUAAAGAACUCUUAUUAGCUCAAACCGAAAGUUAUGUGGAAUAUUCGAGAACUGGAAGAAUAAUUAAAGGACAAGAAAGAGCAAAGGCUAAAUCCAAAUAUGAAGAAGACGUAUUCAUUAAUAAUCAUACUACAGUGUGGGGUUCAUUUUGGGCCGAUGGUCGUUGGGGCUAUAAAUGUUGUCGAUCUUUCAUGAAAAAUUCAUAUUGUACAGGAUUGAUUGGAAUCGAAGCUGCCAAUUCUGCUAAAUUUGCUGCUCAGAGAUAUGAAUCGAAUAGCCAGACAACAUCCAGCUCUUCCACCUCCGAAAAAACCGAACAAACAAGAACAUUGAUGGAAAUCCAUGCCGAAAAACUCAAAAAAUCUGCCAGCAGUAUCAAAGAAGAAAUUGAAGAAAAAGACAUCAAUAGUCAUCUGAAACGCAAAGGAUUGGGUGAAGGGGAUAUCCAAUUAGAUAAAAAGAAGUUGAAGAAGGCAUUAGAUAAUGAACGACGAAGGCUUAAUUUACAAAUGGGUGCUGAAGAAUUGGAUGAUAGGAAACGACCAUAUAAUAGUGCCUAUAACAAUAAAUUGAAUACCCGGUCUGCCAAAGAGGCAGAAGUUACUGAGGAAGAGUUGGAAGCAUAUCGUCUUAAAAAAAUAUCAUAUGAGGAUCCUAUGGCCAACUAUGUUGAUGAUGAAGAUAAGGAUAAUUGA